AGGAGCACGAGGAGGAGGCAUCCUCAAGUGGCGCUUAAUGAAAGCGCAACAGACAACGGCAGGACCGCAGGAACACGACCACACGACAACAGGGGGACAGUACACAGAAGCACACAAACACACAAACACAGAAGCAGAAACAAGAACAAGAACAGAGCGAGAAUCAGUGGGGGGAAAAGAAGAGACAGGACAACUAAAUGGGCGAACCGCAAAAACCCAUCGCCAGGAAGAGACAGGAACAGGGCAGGAGGGAGAGUGGGAGAGAGUGUGGGAGUGGAGAGUGGGUAAUACGGAGGAUCCAACUAUGUGGACCAAUAAUAAAAUUCACGGGAAUUGA